ACCAACAUCAAACAUCAGAAAGACUAUAAGAAGAAUGUGAUAGAUGAAGAAAUGAUCCUCAAACUGGGAAAGCUGGCUUUUCAGCAGCUUGUGAAAGGAAACCUGAUCUUCUAUGAUGAAGACCUGAGAGAGUGUGGCAUUGAUGUGACAGAAGCAUCAGUGUACUCAGGAUUGUGCACUCAGAUCUUCAGAGAGGAGUUGGGCUUGUAUCAGGGGAAAGUCUUCAGCUUUGUUCAUCUGAGCCUUCAGGAACAUCUAGCAGCUCUAUAUGUGCAUCACUCCUUUACAAUCAAGAGGAGAAAUGUGUUUGACCAAACCAAACAAAGUCUGUUGUCUAAGAUUUUUAACCAGAUGAAAUAUAAUUCAUUAUCUGAGCUGCAUCAGAGAGCUUUUAAAAAGGCCUUAAAGAGUAAGAAUGGACAUCUGGAUCUUUUCCUGCGUUUUCUUCUGGGUCUCUCAGUGGAGUCCAAUCAGACUCUCUUACGAAAACUACUGACACAGACAGGACGCUGCUCCUUCAACAAAGAGGACACAGUUCAGUACAUCAAGCAGAAGAUCACAGAGAAUCGCUCUCCAGAGAAAUCCAUCAAUCUGUUCCAUUGUCUGAAUGAACUGGGUGAUGAUUCACUGAUGCAGGAGAUCCAAGAUUAUCUGAAAUCUGGAGAAAUAAGAGAAACCAAACUCUCCUCUUCACAGUGGUCCGCUCUGGUUUAUGUGUUGCUGACAUCAGAGCAGAAGAUGGAUGAGUUUGAUCUGAAACAGUUUAUUGGAGCACAACAUACAGCAGAUGAAGUUCUUCAGAAUCUGUUUCCUGUGGUUAAAGAAUCCAGAUCAGUUCGAGAGGAGAGAACACAUCCUCCAGCAGCACUGCUGAGCAGCGUCUGGACAGAUCCCAUGCUCUGCAGAGACUCCCAG